AUGAACCUGGAUUAUCUAAAAUCUCCGAAGAUAAAUGGUCUAGAAGAUACACUUGUACACCCUUUAUCGUUAGACAAAGCUCGAAGGAUGCUAUCGGAGUUCAACAUCAGUUAUUUAAUCAUCGAUAUUAGUCGAAGAGAAAUGAUAGAAAACCAAAACCCUAAGAAAUCUACUGAGGAAAGUGAACCUAAGGAAAAGGAAGAGAGUAAUAAGGAAACCCUAGAAAAGAAGGAACCUUAUGUACCUCCACCACCUUACAAACCACCUAUACCUUACCCUCAAAGGCUUGUUAAAACCAAAGAUGUAGGCCAAUUUAGAAAAUUUGUUGAUCUCCUUAAACAAUUAAACGUUACAAUUCCGUUUACCGAAGCUAUUACGCAGAUGCCUUCAUAUGAUAGCGAAACCGUUACACUCCCUGCCGAAUGUAGCGCUAUAAUCCAAAACAUGCCCCCUAAACUCAAGGAUCCGGGUAGUUUCUCUAUACCCUGUCACAUAGGAAAAUUUGUCAUCGACAAAGCCUUAUGCGAUUUAGGAGCCGGAAUUAGCGUUAUGCCUUUAUCCAUAUGUAAGAAACUGGAAAUGGGAGAAUUAAGACCGACCAAAAUGUCUGUGCAAUUAGCAGAUCGUUCCAUCAAAUAUCCUGUAGGAAUCCUUGAAAACGUUCCCGUACGCAUAGGUCAGUUUUACAUUCCCACUGACUUCACAAUUAUGGACAUUAGAGAAGAUGAUACGACACCUAUUAUACUAGGAAGACCAUUCUUAGCAACUGCCGGUGCAAUCAUAGACGUAAAACGAGGACGACUCACCUUCGAAGUAGGUGAAGAGAAAAUUGAAUUCAUUCUUUCCCAAUUCUUGAAAGCACCUGCAAUAGAAGAUACA